AACUCUUUAGACAUGCGCGCUCCGCUCAGAGGAGUAAAUGCGUGAGCCUGUGUUGUCUGGAGGAGUUUACCUUCGUCUUUAGGGAGUUGUGUGUUUUCAGGACAUGAGCGAACAUGAAUGACGAUGCGUUCGAGGUCCCGGAGAACACCGAGUACCGCUACCUGGUGCAGGAGGGGGGGGGGGAGGAGGGGGAGGGGGGGGAGGUGCAGUACGCGCGUCACAGACACUACAUCAGCCCCCUGCUGGUGCUGUCCAGACGCUGCAUCGUCCUCAUCUGCCUGGCGGUGUUGUCCCUGCUGUCCCUCGCCGCCUACCUGGGCUACGUGGCCCAGACGCUGCCGCCGGGCCGCGUCCAGGUGUCCACGCCCUGCGGUGCGUUCAGGGGCCGAUAGAAAAACGGCGCCUACUCCUUUAAGGGCAUGCGCUACGCCGCACCGCCGGUCGGCAGCCGGCGCUGGGCCCCCCCGGCCGAACCACCAUGCGGGGGCGGGGGGGUGACGGACGCCGGCCACUUCGGCAGCGCGUGCCCCCAGGUGCGUCCGCUGGCGAGCACCGGGCUGCCCGUGGGCCAGGAGGACUGCCUCUUCGUCAACGUGUGGACCCCCACGCUGGACCCGGACGCCAGGCUGCCCGUGGUGGUCUGGAUCCACGGGGGCCUCCUGCACAUGCUCAGUGGGGGCGAGCCGGGCUACUCGCCCACGGAGAAGCUCGCCGGCGACACCGACCUGGUCUACGUCAGCUUCAACUACAGACUCAACGCCUUCGGGUUCCUGGCCCUGGAGGUGCUGAGAGAAGGUUCUCCGAAGAACUCCUCGGGGAACUAUGGCUUCCUGGAUCAGAUCGCAGCUCUGAAGUGGGUCCAGAGGAACAUCCGUGCGUUUGGAGGAGAUCCUGGCAGAGUCACCUUAUUGGGACAGGGCUCAGGUGGAACGUCGGUGUGGACCAUGAUGAUGUCUCCGCUGGCGAAGGGUCUCUUCCACGCGGCGGUGGACAUGAGCGGCUCGUAUGUGAUCAACGCCACGCUGGAACGGGCCGAGUCCGACAACCUGGCCUUCCUGAAGAAGACGAACUGCCGAGACGCCGGCUGCCUCAGACGUCUCUCCGUCAAACAGGUCCUGCAGGCGGUCCCAUGGCAGGAGUUCCCCUCCUGGGCAGCAGAUGAGAUGAUGGACCUCCCCGUCCGAGGGCGCCUCGUCGGCCCGGUGGCCGUGGUGGACGGCUACGUCCUGGAAGCUCCACCUUUCCAGGUGUGGGAGAAGAAAGGAAACCACAGCGACGUUCCUUUUGUCGUCGGGACGACGGAGCAGGAGGCCGACUUCAGCCCGGCGGCGGUAAACAUCUCCAUGUGGACCUGGGGGGACUAUCAGUGGUUCGUAACAGAUAAACUCCAGUCCUUCAGUGAGAAUCUCCCCAAAGACGCGUUGGCGCUGUAUCCGAGCUCCGCCCCCUGCCCCACCACAGACCGCUGUCCGGAGAGGGCCUACACCACCAUGGUGUCCGACAUCAGGACCACCUGUCCCAACAACGACCUGGCCCGGAGGGCCGCAGCGGCCCUGGACAGUCCCGUGUAUCGAUACGUGGUCACGCACACCCCGUCAGGACCGGUCCCCCCGUCCGGCGACCUGCUGCCGUUCCCCAGCCGCUUCUCCUUCCACCGCCUGGACGCCGUGGCGUUCUUCGGGGGGCUGGAGUCCGUCCUGGGGAGACCGCUCUCCGACCGAGACCAGGACUUCCAGGACCUCAUCACACGCCACCUCGUCACCUUCGCCAGAACAGGUAAGAUGGAAGACGCGUGGCCAGAUUACCCAGCAGCCACUGCUCUCCUGUCCAACAGCCUGACGGCGGUCCGGGACUACUCGGCUGCUCGGUGUCAGCUGUGGAAGGACAGCGGCCUGGACGCCUACGCCUGGAGCAACUGACCGGGACACGGACAGAAGGCAGCGUCCAUCUGAACACUCGUUAUUAUUCAUUAAUUAAAUAAUUAAUUAAUCAAGACUUUCUUAAAGCGCUGCUUGUUCACAGAGACAAGACCUCG